AUACACAGCUCAGUUUGCACUAGACGACUGAUGGGCUAGACAUUCAGCCCGAUAACCUUAACCUUUCAAGCGGAUCUGGAGCAUCCCUCGACUAAACUUUCGGAACUUGCCUGGGCAGGUCUGCUCUGUAAUUUACGAGGAAUCCUCCAUGAAUCCCGAGCUAAGUUGUGUUGAGUUUGAACUUGCUUUUCUAUUUGGCUCGGAUCACCCAGUGGUAGGAUUCGAAGGCGUCACAGAAAUUAUGCGGAAAAGAUCAAACCGCUUCAGACUUGCAGAAACUGGUUUGGUGACUACAAGAUCAAUGGCCUAUCGGCUUCACAAGCGGGAACAACAAAAAGCUGCGCUGCUAAGUUGGGACUAUACCAUCACCGUUCUUGCUAAACUCAUCAUCAGCUUACAAUUUAACGAUUGCAGAGGCUUCUUUUUUUAUAAUAAAAGAAAAAGGCAGCAUGAUGCACCCAGUAACUCACAAGCUACUGUUCCGAAUGUCGAGAACCAUUGUCCAGACAGCUCUUUGCGGAUAUGGUACCUCGUGGUUCCAAUCAGUUGGCAGAUGCUGCCCGGUAUUGCAAUUCGUUUUGCGACUGCAGUUGAUACCCCCUGACCCGGGCCGCGUCCUCGGUCGACGUCGUCAAGGCUGACGUUUCCGUCUGACUGUAACUGCUACCCUGAGCUACCUAGCUUUUGAGGGGUCGGUCAAAACCCACACAGCAUUGAGACCCGUUGAAGCCGCCCUCAAGUUCCGAUCCCGGGUCUUCGAUUUGCUGUGCCAAACACCCCACGCGAAAAGACCGGAUCGGAGAUAAACGACCUCGGUUGCUGAAGGGUCGUACGAUAUC